AUGGCAAGGAGUUUAAGCUUCAUCUCUUCAACUAAUUCCUUCUCUUCAAUUCCAUGGCCUUUAAUAUUGUUCAUUGUUGUUAUAAGCACAUUACCAAUAUUGCCCUCGGUUGAUGCCGCCGGCUAUGGUUAUGGCUUCCAACCAGGUAAAUGGCAACUCGCCCAUGCCACCUUUUACGGCGACGAAACUGCCUCCGAAACCAUGGGUGGGGCAUGUGGAUACGGAAACUUGUAUAGCACCGGUUAUGGUACCGCGACAGCGGCCUUGAGUUCGGUUCUCUUUAAGAAUGGUUACUCGUGUGGUGAAUGUUUUGAGAUGAAAUGUACACAAUCGAAAUAUUGCUACACGGGUUACCCUUCUAUGGUUAUAACCGGGACUAACCUAUGCCCACCUAAUUGGAACCAGGAUUCCAAUAAUGGUGGUUGGUGUAACCCGCCCCGUACCCACUUCGAUCUCUCCAAGCCCGCAUUUAUGAAGAUCGCCCAAUGGAAGGCCGGUAUCAUACCCGUUAUGUAUAGAAGGGUGGCUUGUGUUAGAAAAGGUGGAAUUCGGUUCCAAUUCCAAGGAAACGGGUAUUGGCUUUUGGUGUACGUGAUGAAUGUAGGUGGGGCUGGUGAUGUUUCGGCAAUGUGGGUGAAGGGAACAAAAACCGGUUGGAUAAGCAUGAGUCACAACUGGGGAGCGUCUUACCAAGCAUUUACGACACUAACUGGACAAGCUUUGUCGUUUAAGAUCACCUCAUACACCACAAAACAAACUAUUAUCGCUUAUAAUGUUGCUCCUUCCAAUUGGUAUGCGGGCAUGACUUACCAAGCCACCACCAACUUUUAUUGA